UCGACUCUGUUUUUGAUACCCCGAAACUCAUACGUCUUCUUCCUCCUCUUCCGCUUCCUCUUCCUCCCCUCGAGCUUUUUGGUGCUCAUUCUCCUCCAUGGACUUCGAAUCGAGCUACGACAUACCCCGCACCGUGGAUUACAUCCGUAGUAUAGGCUACUCCAGAGUCGUGUUACAGUUUCCGGAUGAGCUCUUGAGGGAUUCGACAAGUGUGGCGAAGGCGCUGAGGAGCGAGCUCGGCAAGGGCGUGCGCUUGUACGUCAUGGCCGAUACGGCGUACAACUCUUGCUGCGUCGAUGAGAUUGGGGCCUCGCACGUGGACGCGGAGUGCGUCGUGCACUAUGGGCACGCGUGUAUGAGCCCAACGUCAACUUUGCCGGCUCUUUUCGUUUUCGGAAAAGCACCUAUAAACGGCAAUGCUUGCGCAGACUUGUUAAAUCAGUGUUUGUCAACCACAGAGAAACCUGUUCUGGUCUUAUAUGGGUUAGAAUAUGCCCAUGCUAUGGAGAAUCUUAAAGGAAUGGUUACCAACUCAUCUAACUUGAGAUAUGGCAGUUCUACCGUCCAUUUUGCAGAGGUUAGUUUUUCAAGUAUUGAUCCGCCAGUGAAAGAGAAAGCAGAUAAAGAGCAGCUUGACUUCCAUGGCAACAUUGUCAAUGGAGGUGAUAAGAUAAUUUCUGAGUGGAAUUCUCACAAUGAAGUUGGUAAAUAUUUUCUUGGGGGACUGACAUGGAGUAUCGCAAAGGAUCACAAGAUGGAGGACUUCUUGUUGUUUUGGAUUGGUCAGGAUAACUCGGCAUUUGCCAAUGUUGUGCUUACCUUCAAUACCUGCGAAAUAGUUAGAUAUGAUGCAGUGGAAAAUCAAUUACUGAAGGAUGUCUCUCAUCAGCAAAGAAUUCUUAAACGCAGAUACUACCUUGUGGAGAAAGCAAAGGAUGCAAAUAUUGUUGGCAUUUUGGUGGGCACUCUAGGUGUCGCUGGUUAUCUUCACAUAAUUCAGCAAAUGAAAGAAUUGAUUGAGGCUGCUGGAAAGAAGUCAUACACGCUAGUCAUGGGCAGACCAAACUCUGCCAAACUUGCCAACUUUCCGGAGUGUGAAAUCUUUGUUUAUGUUUCGUGUGCCCAAACUGCUCUGUUGGAUAGCAAGGAUUUUUUGGGUCCUGUUAUCACUCCUUUCGAGGCAGUGUUAGCUUUCGGCAGGGGUAGACAAUGGACUGGAGAAUAUGUGCUGGAUUUUCAGGAUUUGAUGAACUCAAGUAUGACGAAAGUUGUUGAAAGCAGUGAAGAAGCUCGGUUCUCAUUUAUACAAGGUGGCUAUGUGGAAGAUAUUGAUUCUCAAGAAAAUGGAGAACAAAAGGAGAGUACCCUUGCCUUGGCAGAGACUGCAGAGAAGGCUUUGAGUUUCCGAAACGAGCACGCGGAUUCUAUUUUGUUCAAAGGUUCAGCUCGAUCUGGUGCAGAAUAUUUUGCUGCGCGGUCCUACCGAGGUCUCAGUACGCAGUAUGAGAAUCCACUUCCUCAGUCUUAUCUAAUCGGAAGAAGUGGGAGGGCAUCUGGUUAUGAGGAUGAAAGAAACACAAAAGGAAAUGAUUGACUGAUCCUAUUUAGUGCUUAUUCUUCUUCCUGAGUUGGUUGCUGAAUGAGAUAUCAAACAGCGAAAGAUCGCCAUUUUGAAAGUCUCAGGCUUUUAAUGAUUAAUCUACAUGAUACCAAUGUCACGGUCAAUCUGUCUUUUCACAAUGAUCGAGAGUUUCGGGAGUCCUCUCGCCGGUGAAUUGUUCCCUCCACAACUGAUUAUGGGCAACAUCUGAACUUUGACCAACUUUUUGACUCGUUCAUCUAGUGCUAGCUAUAGAUUUUCUUUUUUAUUUUUCUUCUUUAAUUGUAUAAUCAGGAAAUGUGUUAUUCAUUUCUCUUGGUGAUGUGGUGCUGAAAAUCUGCAAGAAGAAUCGCAAUUUUCUUAUAUUUUUAGGAAGGGAAAUUUAUGACUUUGUGAUGUACUGUUGCUUCAUGAUUAGUCCACUUAUAGUGGUUGGUUAUGCGCAGAACCGACAAAAAUUCUUUAGUAGUGUGUAUUUUCAUUUGUCGUUUUCAAAUAUAUGCUCUUUUUUAUUUUUUUU